AUGUUUACGCGCCACGCGACAUCUAUGAUAAUCCGCAACGGUUACUUCAAUACUUCCACACCAAGAUUAAGACAACUUUCUGUAACACCAGUGCAUAGAGAAAUUGUAAAAAUACAAAGUCCAGAGGAUUUCAAAGCCAAGGUUAUUAACAGUAAAGUGCCAGUAGUUGUGGACUUUUUUGCAACGUGGUGUAACCCUUGCCGACUUCUCACACCCAGACUUGAAUCAAUUAUAUCAGAAAACAAAGGAAAGGUUGUCUUAGCUAAAGUUGAUAUUGAUGAACAAACAGACCUUGCAUUAGAUUAUGAAAUUAGCUCUGUGCCAGUCCUAGUUGCAAUAAAAAAUGGAAAAGUACAACAGCGCCUUGUAGGAUUGCAAGAUACAGAUAAACUAAGAAAGUGGAUUGGUCAAUUUACCUCUGACGAUUCAGAGGUGAAAGUUAAAGCUUAG